AAACACUAUGAUAGCGUUUGGUAAUAACCUUGCCUCCCCACACCCUUCACACACAGACCCAGCGUUUUUCUUUGGACACCUAACAAGAAUCUCACCCAGCAAACCCCCCUCCAAAAUCUUCAGCACUUCCUCAGAGCUGCCUAUAUAUCUCCUCUUCACAAACACCCGCGACGGCACCGCUGCCUCCUUCCCUUUCCCUUUCAUCAAGUCGCUCAACUCUUCUCCGAACCCGUGAUCCAUUGACAUGUCACGCUCGACAAUCAUCACCCCGAGGCCUUCUAUCUCUACCCGGACGGCGUUGCACUCCUCAAAAGUCCGCCGCAUUCCUCACAUCGGUCUCGGGUCGGCCAAUAGCGACUUGGGUUCGAACUCGACUUGGGCUGGGACAAGGGACUCGGGAAAAUGGACCUGGAAGUGAAUCGAGAAAGGGGUGUCGACGGGGUGGUGGGCGCAGGUGGCGGAGGGUUGAGAGUGAGGAGGCUGUAGAUGGAGGAAGUCAGCGAGACGAUGUGGUGGCUCAGCGCGGAGCUGCCAUGAGAAAGGAGAAAGGAGGGCAAUAUUGGGGAAGAUGGCAAGGAGCAAGCAGGCGGGAAGAGGAAGAUCAUGGAAGUAGGACCAUGGGGAGGAAAUGGUGGAACUCCUUGGGACGACGGCAUCUACAAUGGCGUGAGAGAAAUCACGCUUGUUUAUGGCGAAUGCAUCGACUCCAUCACCGUGGUGUAUGAUAAAAAUGGCAAGCCCUUCAAAGCUGAAAUGCAUGGAGGUCACGGAGGCACUCAAACCGCGGAGAUAAAGCUGCUGUACCCCGAUGAGUACAUAGUCAGUGUGACCGGGCACUAUUGUACGAUGGUGGAUGCCGGCAUCUAUUCCCCUAUCAUCCGUUCGCUUAAAUUUCAGAGCAAUCGAAGAACAUUCGGACCAUUUGGAAGGGAUCAAGGCACACCGUUUACUUACACUCUGGAUGGAGGCAAAAUUGUUGGCUUGAAGGGAAGAGAUGGUUUAUACAUAGAUGCCAUUGGGUUUCAUGUAUCCCCUGCCCCAGCAAGACUCUCUGACAGAGUUCAGAAGAGUUUCAGAAGGCUCGGGUGCUCGGUUACCUGCGGAGCCCAGAUAAACUGCAACGACUAGACUGCUUCAAGUUGAGAUAUAUAUAUAGUUCAUAGCUAAAGGAUUUUGAAUGUAUAAGCUAGUGUGUUUCUGCUUGUGUUUGUUUUGAUGUAUACUUAUGCUAUCCAAAUAACCUGUACCGUGUUUUCUGUACAACGAUAUGAAAACAUGCUUCACUUUUAA